AUGGAAGCUCUCUCGUGGCUUUGCCUUCACUGUCAAACUCUCCACGUACGCUCAAUGCCAACAUCUCAAGUUCCUCCAAACUUUAUCACAGGUGCCACAAUUUCAGCCCCCAAUUACCUCAGCAUAUCCCAUUUCACCCUUCCUAAAAUCAUUACCUCGGCUCUUCAUGCUCUGAGUGGUUAUUUGUUUUCAAGCUUAAUUGCACCAAAGUUUCAAAAUCAGGGAGGAAGAGAAGAACCGGAUUAUGAGUCGGAAGAGGUCGGCUAUGAUGAGCUCAAGAAGCGGAUGCAAAAACUCAAAGAGAAACGUAAAGACGAAGAAGCUGAAUCCUCUUCAAGACAAGUGGCAUCCCGGUGGAAGAAGAUGUCAAGAGCUCAAGAUUUAAUCCUCAAGUACAUGGUGAAGAUUAUGGAGGUCUGCAAAGCCCAAGGAUUCGUUAAGGGAAAACCUGUAACUGGCUCAUCUGAUAGCUUGCGUGAAUGGUGGAAAGAGAAAGUGUGCUUUGACAAAAAUGCUCCUAUUGCCAUUGCUGAGUUCAUGGCGCCACUUUUGGAGGAGAAAGAUGGAGAAAUGGACUUGAUUUCAAAUAUGCAUCUUCUUCAUGAGCUGCAAGAUACCACUCUAUGGAGUCUCUUAUCCGCCCUGAUGCAACAUUGUGCUCCUCCGUGGUGGCCAAUGGGAAAAGAAAUUUGGUGUGAGCAAGGGAUGUCUCAGGAACAUGGCCCUCCGCCUUAUAGGAAGCCUCAUGAUUUGAAAAAAGCUUGGAAGGUUAGUGUUUUGGCUUCUGUAAUCAAACAGUCCCCAGAUUUGAAUAAAAUGAGGAGAGUCGUGAGACAAUCCAAGUGUUUGCAGCAUAAAACGACAGCAAGAGAAUCAGCCACUUGGUCGAAAGUGAUUAACAAGGAAGAAGCUCUUUUGAAGCUCACUGAGACAUGUCUAAAAAUAUCACCAGAGGAAGAAGAAGCAGAAGGGAGAAACAAAGAGAAGCAUGCUAGUGAGAAAAGAAAGUGUAUGUUUGAGAGAGAGGUCCAAGAGAACACUCUCUAUGCUUGUCAAAAUUUGAAAUGCCCACAAAGUGAAAUUGGGUUAGGAUUUGUAAACAAGAACUCCGGGAGUGACCAUGAGUCUCAAUGUUCUUAUAAAACGGAUCAAGAAAGUGAACACAGUACUGAAGAAAAUAUAGAUCCAAACUCGGAUUCAUCAGCCUGGAGAAGCUUCCCCACCACAAAUAGUACUCUGAGUUCUCUAGAUGGAACCAGCAGAGAAAGCCUGAGUCUUCAGGAGGCAAAUGAAAGUAUGAAGGAAGUUGGAGAGAAGUGUGAACCAGGGGGUAUUUCUGCAGUGGAAGAAUAUGGAAGAUUAUUUUGGGAUGGUGGAAUUGAACAUCGUGACAUGGAUGGAGCAUUUUACACCCAGAGAUACAUGGAAACAAGUAAUGUGAAUGCUUUACAAGGCGAUACCAUUGGUCAAGGAGUGACUUCAAAUUGGGAUUUGGGAUUUGAAGGGUGA